AUGCUAAAGGCCGAGGAAUACCGCCCUCUGGAAGAUGUACCACAGGAGGCAGAAGAAAAUCCUCAACCUUCUGAAGAAAGUGUAAGCCAGGAAGCAGAAGGAAACCCCAGAGGAGGGCCGACUCAGCCUGGCCAGGGAUUUAAAGAGAACACACCCGUUAGGCAUUUGGACCCUGAAGAAAUGGUAAGAGGAGUAGAUGAGCUUGAAAGGCUUAGGGAAGAGAUAAGAAGAGUGAGAAACAAGUUUGUGAUGAUGCAUUGGAAGCAAAGACAUUCACACAGCCGUCCUUAUCCUGUGUGCUUUAGGCCUGGAAUUCAUUUUUGCCUAAUAUUAAAAUCUGGCCCCAGCUUUCUUUCUGUUAGCAUUUUUUGAUGUAUCUUUGACCUCCAUCUUACUUUUAAUCAUCUGAUGAAACUUUGUUUUAGGUAGUUUCCUUAG